AUGCAAUCCUUGUCGACUAAUGAGCCGGUUGUUUCAGUUGACUGGCUCCGUGCCAACCUCCAAGAACCGGAUUUGAAGGUGUUGGAUGCAUCUUGGUACAUGCCACACGAACAGAGGAAUCCAUUCGAAGAGUAUAAGGCUGCGCAUAUUCCUGGUGCACUUUUCUUUGAUCUUGAUGGCAUAUCGGAUCGAGCUAGUGAAUUGCCACAUAUGCUGCCAUCAGAAGAAGCAUUUGCUGCUGCUGUAUCUGCCCUCGGCAUUGAGAAAAAAGACGCCAUUAUAGUCUAUGAUGGGAAGGGGAUUUUCAGUGCACCUCGUGUUUGGUGGAUGUUUCGAGUAUUCGGGCAUGAUAGGGUUUGGGUUUUAGAUGGUGGUUUUCCCAAAUGGCAGGCUUCGGGCUAUGAUGCUGAAUUAUCUGCUACCAGUGAUAAUAUAUUGAAAGCUAUUGCUGCUAGUGAUGCAGUAGAGAGAGUAUGCGAAGGGGAACGGGUUGGACCAGUUACCUUCCAGACCAUUUUUCAGCCGCAUCUUGUUUGGACACUUGAGCAGGUCCUGAAAAAUAUUGAAGAACAAAGAUAUCAACAUCUAGAUGCUCGUGCAAAGGCUAGAUUUGAUGGGGUUGCGCCUGAGCCGUGGAAGGGAAUAAAAAGUGGCCAUAUUCCAGGGAGCAAAUGUCUUCCCUUUCCCGAGAUGUUGGAUGGCUCUCAGAGCCUUUUACCAGCUCCUGAGCUGAAGCGUAGAUUCGAACAGGAAGGAAUCGCGAUAGAAAGCCCCAUAAUGACGUCGUGCGGAACUGGCGUGACAGCAUGUAUCUUAGUACUGGGCCUUCAUCGACUGGGGAAGGCUGAUGUUCCGGUUUUUGAUGGGUCGUGGGCCGAGUGGGCAACAAAUGCAGAUUUACCUGUGGUUACUUCUCAAUUUUAG